CAAAUAUCUUAAAACACACCACCAAAAAGACUCCUACUCAGACAGCACACAGCGAUUUGGCGAUAUAGAGCUGUGAUCAUUGCAUCGGAAUUCCGUUUCUUGUAUAUUGGCAUUCGGCUCUAGGUUCAUUCCUUGGACUAUUUUCCUGUUUUCCGAUCGCUUGGAUUGGAAGCUCCCGUUCUUAAAGCCGAAUUCACAAUUUAACGUUUACAGAAUUCACACGUUCUGUCGUUCAUUUGUUCAUGUGUUACCCCGUACACUCAUCUUCUUCCAUUUUUUAUUUUUAAUUUUGAAUAGAUGAACACAAAUUCGUCACCCAAAGGUGCAGUGAACAAGCCACCUAGAAAAAGCGGCAGACGGAGUUCUACACGUAGUCGGACACCGUCGGAAGGAGACGAGAGCUUUGAUCAUUUCGUUGAUCGAGCAAGCAUGGACAGUGAAAACAGUUCUCAGUUCCUGCAGGUUGAAAUCCCUUCACGAAAAAACAGACGGAAAACUAGUUUGCGUGAUAGACUCGAAGCUGCUGAUCUUUCGCAGAACUCUAUCCUUUCACAAAAUGGCGCCUCAAUCCCUCGUGAAGCACUGGAUGUCGAUCAAGCAAUGACUCGUUUAGACAGUUACAUCCAUCAGCUCGAGGAACUACAGUCUACGGAUGCUGAAGACAUCUUCACCGAGUAUCAAAUUAAAAUGGGGAAAGCCUUAACUGACGCUGAAAAACGCAUACAGGAAUUAGAAACAGAACUGAAAAAGUCUACCGAAAAAUGCAGUCGUUUGGAGCAACAAACCGUACAGCUUUCUUCUUCAGCGUCGACGCUUGACCGUUCACACGCGCUGAUUAAGGAGCUCUUUGAUUUUGAAGUGAAAGGAUCACAAGAAACCAAACAAGGCAUUCUGUACGACUGUGUGCAAAAUGGUCGGAAAGGCUCCAUCAAGUUCGAGCUUCUGCUUGGCGAUGAAAAUUUUACCUACAUGCCAAAAUUGGACAGUUCGAUGAAUGAAGAACUACGCAAUUCGCUUCCCGACUACCUCCAGGAGGAGAUCAUGUUUACAAAAUCCCAGGGAAGAAUGUUCGCUUCACGGCUCAUGAUGGCUGUCCAAGACAAAUAGUUAUACCCCCUUGAACCUCAUUCAAACCCUUCCGCCUUUCCAAAUCGUUUCAUUGCCUUAGCCCUUUGCCAUUUCGCCCUGCCUCUCCCCCAUAUCACCUGUCCUUUAAACAAGUCCAUACUUCUGUGCUAAGAUUUAUUGCUCGUUUCUGUCUAAGACGAUCCCAUUGCGUAUUUUUUUGUCCACUCACGGGCAUUAGCGAUGGCCUGUGGUUCGUCCUCUUUCCAAAUACGAGCGACAUCGUUGUCCAAUGGAUCAUCUGGGUUAGGGGCGCCCAGAAGAGCCUGAAUGGAUAACAGUACGGUACGAAUUUGCAGGGCAGGGCUCCAAUCCUCUGUUGUACAAUAGUCAGCCAACCACAUGUCCUAUUUGAGGGCAACCACAUACUCUUUAAAGUCGAAAGACAGAUUCUGCCCAGCUUGUCGAUGUUGGGAUGGUAAAUCCGAGUAAGGAAACGAACGUUUGGAGGCAUCUGUUGCCAUUCUGUUAAUACAAUUUGCUCAAGUUGCCACAAUGCUACAAACCAUUGGAUAUUCUUCGGGCAAAAACAAUUCCAAAUGAAAUUUACCGCCUUCGUAAGCCGACUGACGGGGUCCCUCCAUAGUAAUACUAAAGUAUCUCAGGUUCUCUUCGGAGGGAACGGCCACGAUUCCUGGCGGAGGAUCGGCCGUAAGGCGCUCAAUUUCCUAUAAACAUUGUUAAUAACAAUUCUGUAUCUACU